AUGAACGCGAUUUUCAACUUCCUGUCAUCACCGCUCAAGCAGCCCGCAGAGAGACCUCCACCCUCCAGCAUGCCACUUACCGCCUCGCGACCGAGUUUGUCGCCUAGAGAGCAACGUCUUGCCAAACGCGCUGCGGAUAGGUUCUCGGAGCCGGCAGGUCGCAGUCCCCGUUCGCGCCUGAGUAACGUUUCUCUUGCAUCCACGGACGAUAACACCGCCGAGAUCUCUGUCGUUAGUCGACGGAGAGAGACCAUCGCCAUGGCACCGCCGCCGAGUGUUAAGAAACGCAUCAGCACAUCGACGCGCUCGUCGCCGAUACACAAACCAAAGCCUAACGGAUCUGUUUCUCGCGUCACAUCGUCGCCCGCCGUUCGAUCCUCCCCUAGAAGGCGAGAAUCGGCUGAGCUUGGAGAAUCGUCGCCGGCCUUGAUCGCCGCGUCACCUGCCUUCCCUAAGAGAGUUUCUCGUGUCGCAACAUCAUCGCCCGCCGUCCGAUCCUCCCCUAGAGCGCGAGAAUCGGCCGGAGGACCGCCGGCCUUCGCCUCGUCACCAGCCUCAAUCCCUAAGAGGGGCAUUAAUGGAGUUUCUCGAAGCAGCGAGGCGGCUGAGAGUCCUAGAAGAUCCUCAAGGGCCUCGCGCGUAACGGAGGCGCAAAUAAAUGGGACAAAGAAGACGCCCGAGGAACAGCCCGAAGAGGCGCACUUUGGAGAGGAAGAGGAAGAGGUGCAAGCUGAAGACGAUAAGAGAUACGAAUUCGUGAGAAUCACGGAUCAUCGCUGGGCCGAGGGCGAGGACGAGAUCGAGCUUCUCAUGCAGUGGAAAGAUGGCGAGACCUCGUGGAUCUCCGAGGAACUUCUUCAUACCGACAACAGACAGGCCCUAUUUGCGUAUUGGCGCUCGCAACCAAACGGACGACCUACGAAUCCUGAAAACGACGUCUACCAUGUUUUCGCAAUUAGAAAGCACCGCGUGCGCAAUGGUAUUCCGCAGGUCCUCGUCGAAUGGCUAGGCUACGAUGCGUCCGAAAACACUUGGGAGGAUCAGGACUAUAUUGAGAAGGUUGCCCCCAAGCUCGUGGACGCCUAUUUUGACCAGGUUAAGGGCAAGGGCAAGAUUCAGGCCAAGCCUAAGAGUCAGGCGAAAAGCAACGCGAAGAGCAAAGCGAAACCCAAGGCUCCCGCAAGAACCAAGGCGCCCGCGAAGACCAAGGCUCAGGCUAAGACUUCGGCUCGCGGCGUGACUAGAAGCAGCGCAAGGGUCUCGAAGCGAUAG